AUGCUGACCACUUUGUGUCUGGUGAGUCUUUCUUUCUCCACAUUGUGGGCCCAGAAACUAAUCAAAUGUCCCUAUAAGAACAUCUGUAGCUGGCCCUUCUCUUUCUCUCUUGAGGGGGAUCUGUCCCCGAUCACCUCAAUAUCUAACAUAAAAAUACUGCCUGGGAAUAACCUGUUCAAGCUAUUGAACCCUCAGCCCUCCAAGACAGGGCUCCACCACUGCCUGGAUAUUCACAAAACCCACAUGGUAGGAUUUGAGAUUGACUUCCAGGACGUAACCUUGAUGUAUAUCUCACAUAAAGACCUGGGCCAAAAGCCCCUGGAAAACCAGACCCUAAACCUGGAUGGCAAGGUGCUGAUCUUUACCCAGUGGGAUCCCUGGCAAGAUUGUAACUGGUGCAUCACAUCAGGUGAGCACAAACGUGUGGGCUACUGCUAUGUAGAGGAACCCUCAGAAAAAGCCAUACCCUGCUGGCUCUAUAUGAGAGAGAAGGUGGCCUAGAGCCGCCUGCGACUAGAACUCCAGGUCCGAGCCUGCCACGUACCCUGUGACAUAAACAUGGAAACCAGUCAGCCGUACUUUGUCUAUAACGUUCAUGAGCUGGACAGAGUCACCCACUUCAUUUGA